AUGGCUGAGCAUAUCAUUAGCGACGAUUUAAAAUAUCUUCCUGAUUUUAGUUUUGAUGACGUUACAGAAUAUGCUGAAAAGCAUGCUGGGGAUGGAAAUAGCGCCAAGAGAAGCUACCAUGUUUCUCGUGUUAUUGCUGUACAUGGAAAACCACUUUCCGAUGGUUUUCGAAACUGCUCAGAAGCGCUAUUCGAAGAUUUCCCUAACAAGUCUGAUAUUCUCAAAAGAAUUGACGAGCUACCUAUUGCAAGAAAUACAGUAAAAGAAAAAAUCAUUGCAAUGAAUGAAGAUGUAACAGAACAGCUUUUGCUUGAUUUGAAGCAAGCAAAAAUGUUCUCAAUUUGUUUAGAUGAAAGCACCGACGUGACAUCAUUUUCUCGUUUAGCAGUUUUUGCAAAAUUUUCAUCAGGAAAUGUAAUGAAGGAAGAGCUCAAUAAAUUAAUGACCUUGUCUGAAACAACAAAAGGCCAAGAUGUAACGACUGAAUUUUCUGUGUUAGGAAUAGAUAUGGAAAAUAUUGUGUCGGUAACGACUGAUGGAGCGCCAAGCACGAUAGAAAAACGUUGGAUUUGUUCAACUACUAAAACAAGAGUUGAAGCGCGACUUCGUUGA